AUGACGCGCAGAGGAGUGAUCGGAGUUGCCCCGCCCUUGGAGCCUAGUUCUUCGUGGAUACAGCCGGGAAACUGUCAAAGUGUGGUCGGAGUUACCCCGGAUUACCUUACCCCUAGUGAGAACUUGGCUACUUUCACUGAGUCUCUGGCUGUCGAAGGGACAAUACUGGAUCAACUACUGGAAAGCAGCAUUAUCAAGGAUGAAACAGAACCCUCGGAGGUGCGUGAGGAUCUACAAUCAAAGAGCAGAGUUGAACAAGCGGAAUUACUUCUUCGUGCGAUAAGUGCUUGCAGAGAUGUACCUGUAGCUCAUUUCCUUUUUUUUCUUUCCGUGCGAAAACGAGGAAUCAUCAACAUCCUAGAAGAAGGACUGCUUGCCCGAGUUGAAGACGUUAUGGAGACUAACUGGAACGUCCUGCAACUUGAAGAACCUGAUGUGUCAACAUCAUGGUCUGAAAAGAAAAUUGAACUGGAUAGGGAAUUUGUCUCACUUGCCCAAUCUAUGGAAUGCAGUCGCACAAUCACCGUCCUAUGUGUGGGAAAAACUGGAGCAGGAAAGUCAACACUUGCAAAUGCUCUAAGCGGAAAGCUUGCAACUGACCCAGGCAGUGCUCAAACGGGACGAGGAGGCACAUCUGUUACAAAAAAUGUGGAAAGAAUUGAAUGUUUUGGCAACAAUAUUCCAUUUACUUUCUGGGACACACCUGGACCAACAAAAGACACAGAGGAUAGCGAGACUUUUUCAGACAUCAAGCAAGAAGUAGAGCAACAAGGAGACAAACUGGAUCUGCUCAUCUUCUGUGCUCCCGCACAUGAGGCACGAGAUCGUCCCGAGAAUGGCAUGAUUAUUGAGAACCUGACCAAGGAACUUGGUAAAAAGAUUUGGGAUAAUGCCGUUAUUGUUUUCACUCAAGCCAAUCUAGUCAUGGAUCCCGACCAUGAAACAACAACAGCAGCAUACUUUCACAAACACUGUGUUUCUGAGAUGACUAACAGGUACCGCAAAUUUCUGGUCGAGAAAAGUGGCCUCUCUGCUCGAGAAGCUGAAAUGGUUCCUUGUGUGCCUUUGGGAAGAAAUGCACAGACUUACCUUCCUGAUGGUACCGAGUGGAAGAAGAAUUUCUGCAUGGUCUGCUUACGUAGAGCCUCCAAAGAUAUUCAAGGAAUUCUUGCCAGUUCAAGCAUAUUAAAUUCUGAUCAAUUACCUGUACCCAUGACUGGGAUUGAUAAGCUUCGGAUGAUGUUGAGCAUAAGUGAUGGUCAACUGAGGGGUGCUGCUGUUGGUAUUGCUGUUGGUAUUGGUACUGCUUUUAGAGUUCGAGUUGCAGCUGGCGCUCAAGCUGCAGCUGGCGUUCUAGCAGCUAAUGCAUCAAUAGGUAUGAUUGGAGCCACAGUCGGAGGAGCGACCGGAAUAGGGAUAUGCAUAGCAACAGCGUACUAUGCAAUAUGUUUCUAUAAACGUUACAAAGCCAAGAAACAAGUGAAGGAGAACGAGAACCUGACUGGUGACUAUGAAGACGCCAAGACAGCUUGAUGGAAGUUGUGACUUCUAACUAAGGACAGAAAACAAUGACGUUUUAGUUCAAGUAGCUAAGCAGACUUGCAUGCCUUGCAAUGCAUAAAUUUAUGUCAUUUCUUAUUUCUUGGUUACAGUCCGUGUCAAAACUAUUGACACAUUCCGGUUUAGUUGUACUAUUUUUGGAAAGUCUUUUUGUUUCGCUAUAUAGCGUCAGGUUUCUCAAACAGCU